ACACGUGUAGCGCCAUGAUCGGGCAGUUCUCUUUUCAAAGCUCAUCGCAGGUCAUUCUGGUAAGUGAAACCUCCACCCGGACAAAACCACAAUCUCCCACCUGGUCGUCCACCUCAGAUGAUCAUGGCUCGCUUCAUCAGAGCCGUUCAAAGGACCCUCCGUCUUCCUCCUCUUCAACACUUCUCUAAAACCCUAAUUCAUGGUCUGCAACUGCCUUCCCUCCAAUCGCAUAACGCCACCUCCAAAUUCAUAUUCCAAACUCGGUCUUACCAAAACUCUUUCGAAAUUCUCAAAUCGCCCUUCGAGUCCAACGUUCUCAGAAUCCUUCGCAACGAGAUCGAAUACCUAACGGAAGAUGGGCCUCCUAAUCAGCCUCCCAGGAUAUUCAAUUCCUUUACUGUUGAAGAUCACCCUGGUCAGCAGUGGGUUACAUUGAGAAGCAAAUUUAGGGAGAAAGAAGACAUUAAAAUUGACGUUACAAUGUUUGAUGGGUGCAUUUUUAUUCCGAAACUUGAUGAUGAUUUCAAUGAAAAUGAUAUCACUGGGCAAGAACCACGUCCCCACAUUAGUCUACUUGUUGACAUUUCAAAAGGGGAGGAUUGUGAUAUGUUGGAAUUUGUGUGCUCAGCAUGGCCAGACUCUUUGGAGAUUCAGAAAGUGUUCAUUUAUCGACAUGGACGGUUGCUUCCUAGGCCUUGGUUGGGACCUGGUUUUAAGAGUCUGGACGAUAAGCUUCAGAAUGCACUUUGUGAGUUCUUGGAGGAAAGGGGGGUAAAUGAUGAACUUUCUGUUUUCUUGCAUGAAUAUAUGAUGAACAAGGAUAGAACUGAGCUUAUCCAGUGGUUGAGAAAUGUCAAGUCUUUUGUGGAGAAAUAGAGACAUUCUUUACUAUCUCCUGACUGAAUUGGUUGUUAGAUUUCAUUUUGGCAUUGUUUAGAAAAAUGUUUGCACCAGACUGUCAUGAUUAUGCUACGUUGGAAAGCAUCAUUCAGAUACCUUGAGGUGCAAACAGCUGUUGACCAUGCAAGAGCAACAUAUAUUCUUAUGGUUGGUAAUAAGCUGGUGAAACUCCUCGUAGGACAACUGACUAAUCACCAUCAAUGGUGUCACAGCAUCGUCGAAAUCCAAAUUAAAGUUGGAGUUUUGUUCUCUGAUCUGAUUUUCAUUGUGUAGUUCUAUUGCAAGCCUUCUAAAGAAAACUAACAAAUCAUGGAGGUACUUGAUUCUCAUUUCUGUGUUUGCUGAACCUUUCAGUUAUCCUGAAAAAAUAGUGUGUCAGUGGGACUUUGUCUGGUAACUCCUUGUUUCAUACAUUAAGUAAGCUCUCACCAAAUAAUAAAGUAAACGUAAGACUUAGGAGUCAUGAUAUUCUACCUUGCUUUUGGUGGUGGUGUGUGCUUGCAGAAAUUCUGGAAGUUUUGAAUGCCCACUGACUUUAGUAAGUUUUUUUGAAUGGUUGGGUACUUGUUGAGGUUAUUCCUCUGUUUUCUUUUGUUCAAGCCUUGGUGGUGAAGGGAGGUUUGUUUCUUGUAUACCUUGGGUCGCUCUUCUGGCGGUUCUUUUUAUUUUAAUUUAAGUCUUUAUUUAUCAAAAAAAAUUCUGCAAGUUUUGAAGAAAUACAUUACGCUGUGCAUUAUAUCAGGUGGUGACAUUGUCGCACCCUAUGUUUCAUAUUUAUUUAAAUUGAGUCAGAUCCUAAAGAUGUAUAGGAUUCAAAAUCAUAUUACAAUUCCAACUGUACAUUGUAAAAAUUGAACCAAUACUGCCUUAAAACAAAGGAGAGGGCUUUUGGAGAAAACUAGUCAUCAAAUAAAAAAUAAAGAAAUGGUUAAUAUCAAGCUGACAUCAUAGAUAUUUGUUACUUUUGAUCAUAGAUAUUUGUUACUUUUGAAUAUGUUGUGAACUUUUUCCUUCUAGAUAUCCUAAUUUGGAAAAAAUUGAAAAUAUAUGGAAUUAUUCCAAAUUAGAAUUGAUAAAACUUUGCAUAAUCAAUCUCCACCAUUUUCAAAAUUUUCUUGAUUUAUGUAGCUUUAUCAACCAUGGAAGCCAUUCUUUUGUUGGCGAUUGAUGGAAUGGUUUACAGAUAUAUGAUAGACCUCUUUAAGAUUCUUAUUCUUUUCUUUAAAGCAAAUGAUAGGGUCCCUAGAGAAAUUAGUGAUAGAUUCUUGACAAGAAAGCCUUGCAUUGUAUCUGCAUCAGGUCCUUCUCUUUUUCUUUAGCUAUGCAUGAACUAAUUGGGUGUAUGUAGGAAACAGGCCAUAGUUCAUGUUUCCUACUGAUGCAGUCUUUGGCAACAAAAGUGGAGUUGGGAUUAUUUGAGUUCGAAUUGUGGGUUUUUGGAAUUUAAAGAUUUUAUGACAUGAAGGUUUAUAAAUAUAUGAAAUGCAACUUGUAAGGGUAGGAAUAAUAGGGAGUAAUAAAGUUUGUAAGCCAGAGACUGCAGAAAUGAUUGUUUUUUGGUCUUCAAUUAAUCAUCCAUAAUGAGGGUACAUUGAGAGAAAGGUGCCUAUAAUAUUUGAGUGGGAUAGAUAAAGUUGAAAAUUGCUAUGUUGGGUUGUGUGAUUAUCCAAUACCUAUAAGUAGAGGAAAAGCUCAAUUAGAUGCUUAUACACCAAUCUGUAUUCUGUGUUGUGGAAUGGUUGGUGUUGAAAAUACCUACAUGUUCAUAAAAUGGUACAAUUCAGUACAAUAUUAUGUUAAAAGGGGACAUUCUUUUGUAUGACAGAUUUAAUUGGGACAAAAGUAUCUUGAAUGCUUCCGUGCUGAUGAGAUUUAAUUUGUUAUAUGGUCUCAAUGAUUGAGAGCCUUCGAAAUCAGUGCUUAGGAUUUUAUUCAGCUCAAAGCAAUUGGAUCUAUCAAAAAGGUGCUGCUGUAAUUAGGAACUCACUAAGGAAGUGUUUGAAUGGCCAUUGGAGAUAAGAUCAUUUUGUUUUUUUGAAAUAGAUGAUUUUCCCCCUUAUGUUCAGAAUCAUUUUUAGAAUUUCAAUAAGUGACAUGGUUGAUAUAUAUUAAGAUCAUUUUUAAUGGCAACUAGUCUAUUUAGUUGUUGGUUUUGUUUUUACUAAGGGAUCCUGCUUAUUUUGCAAUAGCUUCAUUUUUGCUUUGUAUUUAAGCUGCUGUAGCAGAUGGAUUUGUGUUCUGGAUGCUAUGGUACACACAAGAGAAUUGCCAUGAGGAGCACUUGGGGAUCAAUUCCGAUGUUUCCUCUUUUUGCCUUUUGUGUUGUAGCAAUAACUGUAUUUGUUUAAUUAUGGGAGACUAGUUAGUGUUACCUUAGCUUAUGUAUAGGAUUUGAUUGGACCUUAUUGUUGUAGGACAUGUGAACACCUAUUUAUAUUUUCUUUUCUUCUUUCA